GAAAAUAGCAGCAGAUCAGUAAAAAACCUUGCUAGAAAUAGAAAGAUGGAAAUUACAGGUCCAUGCCAAAUGCUGCAGCCCAUCAAACAGCUACAAGAAGAGCAUUCUAGUGGCGGGGCUGGGAAGAAGUCUUUGGGUUAGAGAUUAGCUGACCUUUACAAUCCUUGUCUCAGGAGCUGCUUGAGCUGAAAUGGAUCCUUUUCCUCACUCCUUCUCUGGAUAGAGCUGUUAAAAUCGCUCUUGUAGUCAUGCCACAGUCAAAUCUACCAUGUGAGUUCUUUUGCUGCCCUUUUUUCCCCAGUGGUUAAGGAAGACAGGAGUGGGAUGGACUCCUGUGUCUGCAACAUACACUGACAUACAAGGUCAGUUGAAUUCAGGAAGGUAUUUUGUACAAUAAUUAAACUGUUAUUUUCUUAAUAGAGAGCUUCCUGCCUUGUGCUUUCUCAGAGCAGUUCUUUUGACACCAAUGGUUGUGUGGAUCAAUACUGUAUUUUCCUUUGUAAUGAAAUUCAUUUUAACAAGAUCAGUUACUACUUCUAAAAUGAAAGGAAAGAAUGCUGGGUUUUUUUGGUGUUUGUUGUUUUUUUUUGGUAAAUCCUUUGCUGCUGACUUUGCUAGAAUAUUGAAUAUCUGAUACACUUUCUUUAUCUGCUUAAAAACUAUUCAAUAGGAAUGUAUGUUCUCAACUGCAGUACACACUUAGGUCUCAAUAAAAUUAGUUGGCCAUAGGCUAUCAUGACUACAGACCUUAUUAUCUCCUCAAAUGAGUAAGACAAAUCAUACAGAGAAUUGUGCAGUGCAGAAUUGAAGCACCAGCCUUGAUAACUUAUCUUGCAGAUUUCCAGUGUGAGAUUAGUGUGAUUGCUCAGUUGCUAAGAGAAAGGUCUCAUUUGCAGCUCCUGAUAAAAUUGUAUUAUCUGUCUGCCUGCCAAAGACCUUAGUGUUAUACAACAGCAAUUCCCUUUUUGCUGAGAUAGGCACAAUAUUCUGAACGUCUAACAUUUCUAAAACUUUGUUUCUUUUUCUACAGUGUAAAUUCUAAUGCAGCUUUUACUAACCUUUGUUCUAGCAAGUUCAUUAUACUGCUCAAGAGUACCUUGUCUGUUUCCUCCACUCCAGCUGUUAAUCCCCUAGUUAUGCCUGAAAGAAAUAUUUAAAAAGAAAAUUUCUCAGUAACUGGCUGAUCUGCAGGAAUCAACUCUCUUUCAAGUCAGUUGGGGUUUAGGUGUUUUGGGGUGUUUUUUUUUUGUUUUUUUUUUGGUUGGUUCUUUUGGUUUGUUUGUUUGUGUUCUUUUCUUUUUUGCACUUUCUUGCAAACUGAAGCAUGUUUCCUAUGGGAACAAAAUCUAGGCAGCUCAGUUUUGCUAGUAUUGACUGUGACAGCCAACAAAUAACCCUGCACUGUAACCAUGACGUGAGCGCAGCAGUUGGUCGUUAAUAAAUGAGCCAGCAGUGCUGCAUGCUACCUUCCUAACGAGACAGUAUAUUACCCAGUGUUCUUUAACUGUUCAUCAAGUACUCCUUAAUCUGUUUCUCUCUUUUGGAUAAUAUACUGAUUUCUUAAUGUUAUAAAAUGAGUAUUUGUAUUUAACACUUUUAAACUGCAACUGCUUCUCUUUCAUUUGAUAGGCUGAUGUCAGAACAGCUGCAACUUACCUUGCUUUUGGGAAGUGCAGCACAGAUGCAGUGAUGAACUGGAGAAAUAAUUGCAAUCCAGCCAUCCUAAUCACUGCUUGGGGGAAUGACUGAAAUCUCCAACUAAACAAGAGACAAUCAACCAGCAGUUAUGGUGGCCUACAGGUCCUCAAAGAUCUAGAAAUCCAGCAGGAUGCUUUCUCUUUCUGAAAGAAACGUGGAGCUUAGAGUAGUAGCUGUGAACAGUAUAUCCACACAGAAAGACACUCGAGCUUGUGUUACCACGCAUGGGAGCUGUUGCUAGCUUAGCUGUGUACAUGCUUGAUAGCAUCGCUACCAAGGAAAGGUAAUAGAAUUAUAGAAUGGCUGGGGUUGGAAGGAACCCCAAGGUUCACGAAUUUUAACACCCUGCCACAGGCAGGGCCACCAAUAUCCAAAUCUGGUACUAGACUAUGUCUGUAGAGACUCCUCCGGUGCUUCCUUGUGAUAGUCAUCUAACAUGCAGCAGGCAGUGUACUGCCACUCAGAAGGGAGUGCCUUCAGGAAGGGCAGGUACUGAACACCAGGCAUGGCCCUCUCCCACAUCUUCCUGACAAAGGAAAGCCCACCACAAGAGGUAAUUUUUUUAAAUCUAUGGGAUAUCAUGUAGUUUAAUAAAAUGAAGACCACCAGGUAGUAGAAUUAUCUAGGAACUGUCUAUAUCAGACUUCUUUAGCUUCUACUUUUGACUCCUUCCCUUAUUUCCAUCUCUUUCAGCAAUAUAAUGAAAUAAAUCUUCUCUCCCAGCCUAUCACUGGACACCAGACUCCCUUCUGGUCUGCAUUUUAAGGAGCUGGGAGAGGUACUUCUUACUGUACUGGUAUUAACAGAUGCCAGCCCCUGGUUGGUACCUUCACCAAAUAAGGCUAAUUUUACUUUAUGAGAAAUGGGGUUCUCUUCUCUGUUUACCAGUUUCUGAUUCUGGUUUACAUGGGUCGGUUUUCAUGUUGUCCCACUUGUCCUUGCCCAGCUCUGCAGAUGAACCCCUAUCCUUUGUCACCUCUCUUCCAGAUUCCAAACUCUUGAAUCUGUUAGAUACAGGGGAUAUUGUUAAUUGUUCUUUUAACAAACAUGAGCAAUUAAAUAAUCAAAAAUUCUUGUGUAUCUAUUAGAGACCUCUGUCCUCCAGAUAAAGCAAGAGACCUCACCCAACCCAAAGAAAGGAAAUGCAAAGAUAAGAUUUUGAUUGCAUAAGAAAUAGCAUCUAGGUUAUCUGAGGUGCAUGUGGAAAGUCCUACAGCAAGAUAGUGAGUUCUGUUUAUGAUACUGGCAUUCAGAAGAGAGGCAGUGAUACAUUUCGCUGCAUCUGAACUUUCUGAUCUGGCCUGAUCUAUGCCAAGGACACCACACCUCUUUGCCUGCACAGCCUUUCAUGUAAACUAGUUUGAAAUGUAAUGGGGAGGAGGGGCAGAGCCAAAGAAAUGUUUAACUUGAUUGUCCUCAUCAGUAGCAGUAAUCUAUUCACACAGAAGCAUCCCAAGUGCUAGCAAUGUGCUAUUUUUAAGGCUCCCCUUCCUGCGAGUUAGUUAUUAAAUGCUCUAAGUUAUUUAUAAGCAUCAUUUGUAAUAAACCCCACAGGCAGUGAGGGACAUUUUGUUUUUUAAUCACUUGCAAUAGUUUUCAUGGUGUGAGAUGGCUAACUAUAUCUGGAUCUUCUCAGUGUGUCCUUCAGUUUAGAGGCUUUCAGCCCUAAUUUUUCCUCAGGUUCUUCCUUUCAGCAGAAUUUGCAGUUACCCAUGCAGAGUAUUUCCAGGGCGAGCCAUCACCUUGCACUUCUGCGGGCAAGGCAGGAACAUCAGGGAUGUUGCACAAGAAGCAUCAGCUCCCUCAGACUGUACUGUGGAAAGGCCUGGCAAGCCCAGACGCUAACCCAGUGACCACCUCCACUUCCAGCAGCGCUGAAACACACCAUGGAAACUGGUUUCAUUUAUUUGAGAUGCAUAAAUCUCUCAUGGUCACCUUUUGUGGUCACCUUGGCCGGCAGCAGCCAAGAGGGUGUCAUUUGUAAAAUGGAUCUAAAAGGGGCCCAGUCCUGCCCUGAAAGGAGACACAUUUUUAGACAUCUGAAGAAGGAAGCUGAGUCCUUGGACUUGUUCAGCCCAUUUUUAUAGCUGGAGAUGCUGCUAGUCGCCUCCUUUGCUGCAGCGCUUGAGCUCAAAGUGUAUCUUGGCAGAAGCCCAAGCACACAGGGUUCACCUCCAGGCCUGGCACCUUAGUGCACCUUCUGGCAGCCCAGGGACCUCCUCAGGCCUUAUGCCUCCACAGUGGGCCAUGUUUUCCCAGUGGCCUCUCUCUGUCUGCUUAUUUUAAAUUAGCAGCCCCUUGGAAACAUUCCUCUGCAGCAGUGGGGUUUGAGCAUGAAGGGAGAAGAGCCUGAGCUGCGGCUCAACCAAGUGCUGGACUAAAGGCUGGGGACCUGCCUGGGUGACAAGGACACAUCUGGGGCUGCUUCCAGAUGCCCAAUGACCUCCUAAGGACAACGGACAGUUUUUAGUAACAGCCAGCUCUGACAGCCACUGCAACCAGCCCUGACGGUGCAGAAACAUCUUCCCCAUGUCAUCAGAUCCGGGCACACAGACACCACGCCCAGAGAAGGCAGCCAUGUGAAGAAGCCUUUUUCACUGUCCCAAACCAAGCCACAGCCCCACCGUUGCUCCCUUGCAGUGUCAAGUCAGCACGUGAGCAAUGAAAAUCCCUGGGCUCGCCUCCUUCCCAGAAAUGCCCGUCAAAGCCCAGGCAGCUAUUCACCCAAAGUACCAAUUUUAUAGUGCCGUGUGUGUCUAUAAUCUAUUUACCAGCAUUCCUACUUCAGUAUGUGCCUGUUAAUAAGAUUAGUAAUUAAAAAGCUUGAUAGGAAUUGGCAAGCAUGACUCUGCCUUGCCCUCCCCUCACAGCCGGGCUGGCGUGGAGGCGGUGCGGGGCUGGCAGAGCACCUGUGGGCCGGCAGCAGCAACAGGACGGCUGCCCACCUGCAGGACAUGGAGAAGGCCCGGCCGCUGUGGGACAACCCCUUGCAGUUUGUUUUCGCCUGCAUCUCUUAUGCUGUGGGGCUGGGGAAUGUCUGGAGGUUCCCGUAUUUGUGUCAGAUGUACGGUGGAGGGGGCUUUUUGAUCCCAUACGUCAUCAUGCUGGUGGUGGAGGGGAUGCCGCUGCUUUACCUGGAGCUGGCGGUGGGGCAGCGCAUGCGCAAGGGGAGCAUCGGAGCCUGGAAAAUAAUAAGCCCCUACCUCUGUGGGGUUGGCGUUGCCAGUGUGGUCGUCUCCUUCUUCCUCUCCAUGUACUACAACGUGAUCAAUGCCUGGGCCUUCUGGUACCUCUUCCACUCCUUCCAGGACCCACUGCCAUGGGCCACCUGCCCCCUGAACAGCAACCGCACAGGGUACGAGGAGGAGUGCGAGAAGACAUCUUCCACCCAGUACUUCUGGUACCGGCAGACCCUGAACAUCUCCCCCUCACUUGAGACCAGCGGGAACGUGCAGUGGGAGCAGGCACUGUGCCUGACACUGGCCUGGCUGGUGGUCUACCUCUGCAUCCUCCGUGGCACCGCAUCCACGGGCAAGGUCGUCUAUGUCACAGCCUCCUUGCCAUACUGUGUUCUCAUCAUAUACCUUAUCAGAGGACUGACACUUCACGGAGCUGUCAAUGGGUUGAUAUACAUGUUUACUCCAAAGCUAGAGCAGCUGUCAAAUCCCAAAACAUGGAUCAGCGCCGCCACACAGAUCUUCUUCUCACUGGGUCUGGGCUUUGGCAGCCUCAUUGCCUUUGCCAGCUACAAUGAUCCGAGCAACAACUGUGAGCGGCACGCCAUCAUCGUUUCCCUCAUCAACAGCACCACGUCCAUAUUCGCCAGCAUCGUGACUUUCUCCAUCUAUGGCUUCAAGGCCACGUUUAACUACGAAAGCUGCAUAAACAAGGUGAUCCUGCUGCUGAUGAAUACUUUCGAUCUGGAGGAAGGCUCUUUGACAGCAGACAACCUCAGUGAGAUGAAGGACUACCUCAUGGCUGCCCACCCACAGGAGUAUGCCCAGUUGUUACCCCAGCUGAAAAACUGCAGCUUAGAAGCUGAGUUAGACACGGCUGUCCAAGGAACUGGGCUGGCAUUCAUUGUCUACUCAGAAGCCAUCAAAAACAUGGAGGUGUCUCAGCUGUACUCUGUGCUUUACUUUGCCAUGUUGCUAAUGCUGGGCAUUGGCAGCAUGCUGGGCAACAUCGCUGCCAUCCUUACACCCCUGACCGACAGUAAGGCCAUCACCUCGCGCUUCUCUAAGGAGGUGAUCUCUGGUUUUGUGUGUUUCAUUAACUGCAUCAUUGGCCUCAUAUUCACCAUGGAGGCUGGGAACUACUGGUUUGACAUAUUCAAUGACUACGCAGCCACCCUCUCGCUGCUGCUCAUUGUGCUGGUGGAAACCAUUGCUGUGUGCUACAUCUACGGGCUAAGAAGAUUUGAGAAAGAUCUCCACACGAUGAUUGGACGCAAGCUAAACUGGUACUGGAAAACAAUGUGGGCUUUUGCUAGCCCUUUGCUCAUUAUAAGCCUAUUUAUAUUUUACCUCACCGACUAUAUCCUCACAGGAACCCUUCAGUACCAAGCGUGGGAUAGCACACAGGGACAGCUGGUGACAAGAGACUAUCCCAGCUACGCCCUGGCAGUGAUAGGGCUGCUGGUAGCCUCAUCCACCAUGUGCAUACCUCUGGGGGCACUCCUAACUUUCAUAAGGAAGAGACUGAAGAGGGAAAGAGUCUCCACUGUCGCAUGAACGCAGAGAAUUGGAUUGGGAAAGACCUUACCCACACCACCAGUGACCGGGCACUUCUGGAAGCCAGCAGCAACCAUUACUCGUAGCAGCUACUUAGAGACUGGAGAAUCUUGGUGCUAUAUUUACCAAAAAGUGCUCUUGGAAGGUCCCUCAGUGGUUCAGAAAACAAGCUCUCCUGUA